CGUAGAUUUCUUGAUUCAUAAUAAAACGAACAUAUGCCAAUAAUAAUGCUGCAUUAUCAGGUAAAGUUGACUCGUCCAGUUGUAUAGAGAAAUGGAUCUAUUGUUGCUUAAGGGAAUUCUUUUAAUGAUAUCAGAUGCAGGUUUGUGUAAAACAGUUUUUAAAACCUCUUCAACGGCUGGCAAAAUUAACUGCUCUCCGAUAGUAUGCGGUUUUCCGGAUUUUGCUAUAAGUAACGAGAUAUUGUAAGACGCCCGCAAACCAUCAUCAUUUCUUUGUGACGUCGAAGCGAACAUCCUGUCCAGUGUAG